UAGAUGUGGAAAACAAUAUAUAUAUAUAUAUAUAGGCUAUUCUUGUUGCCUUGCUUAUCUUAAGCCAAAUGUUUCAUUUACACCAAUAGUUUUGUGAAAAUAAAGUGUAGGCACAGUGAAACUAGAAAAUCCUCCAAAUAACUAAAAGAAAAAAAAAAACAAAGAAAGUACAGGGCACAGAUUUGACUAAGACACAUGAACGUUUGUUCUGGUAGGAGAAGAAAAAGGCACUCUUUGGAUCAAUCGCUCUUUUCGCUCCCUUCACAGUAAAAAAGAAAAAAAAAAGAAAGAGAGAGAAAAACAAUUUGAUAAUAUUUUUUUGGGGUUUCUUAAACACAUUUUAAUUUGUUCAUGAAUGAUCUCAGAAAAACUUUCCAAAUCCAAUUAUAAACCAAAAAAAUAAAAUAAAUUUAACCUAUAGAAGCAUGUGAAUGAGAAAGAAACGGUGAAAGGAAAGAUUAAGGGUGUGGCAGUGCACGAGACUUAUUAGCGAGGAAGAAAAAGAAGAUGAGCAAAGAACAAAGUGGAGUUAUAAAGGCAUGGGAAGCCACAAUAAGGAAGACUCAGGCAGCCAAGAAACGCGCAAAUAGCAUCUUUGGCACGAUCUCUGUAGCACAUGCAGAUGAUGAAAAUGAAGAUGAUCAUGACAACAAUGGAAGUGUUCAGCUGGAACCUUACCAUGCAGAAAAAAUCUUGCCAAAUGGGGAUUAUUAUACAGGCCAGUGGUACGAUAAUUUCCCUUGCGGACAAGGGAAAUAUCUAUGGACAGACGGGUGCAUGUAUGUAGGAGAAUGGAAUAGAGGGAAAACUAUGGGAAGGGGAAAAUUUAGCUGGCCUUCUGGUGCCACUUAUGAAGGAGAAUUCAAAAGUGGAUAUAUGGAUGGGACUGGCGUGUAUACAGGACCGAGCGGUGAUACGUAUAAAGGACAUUGGGUUAUGAACUUGAAGCACGGUCAUGGAACCAAGAGCUUUGCUAAUGGAGAUCUGUAUGAUGGCGAAUGGCGCCGCGGUUUGCAGGAAGGACACGGAAGAUAUCAAUGGACAAAUGGGAACCAUUACAUUGGUGAAUGGAAGAAUGGAAUGAUGUGCGGUAAAGGAACAUUUGUGUGGGGCAGUGGAAAUAGGUAUGAUGGAAAUUGGGAAGAUUGUGUACCCAAAGGGAAUGGAACAUUCAAAUGGCCUGAUGGGAGUUUUUAUGUAGGGAAUUGGAGCAGAGAUCCCAGUGAACAAAAUGGGACUUAUUAUCCUUCAGGAUCAUCUCUUGAAGGAAACUUUGAAUGGGAUCCUCAAGAUGUGUAUAAGGUUGAUUUAUGUGAAUGUCAUAUUUGUCCUGGUGAGAAGGUCACAAUCCUACCAUCACAGAAGAGGCUUGCUGUUUGGAAUUCAUCGAAAGGCGCAGGCGCUGAGAAGCCUAGAAGGAUGUCUGUUGAUGGAAGGGUAAGUGUUGGGAUUGAGAGGGCAUUUGACAGGAUGCACAUAUGGGAUAGUGGAGAUGAUGAUGGUGCUGAUGGGAAACCUUUGGAAGCUGAUUUGUUAGGUCUAAAUGGUGAGGAUGGGUUUCCAAGAUGUCUUCCAAUGAAAGUACCAAAAAUUGUUAAGAGACAAGGAGAUACAAUAUGCAGAGAGCAUAAGAAUUAUGAACUCAUGCUCAAUCUGCAGCUAGGAAUCAGGCAUUCUGUUGGAAGACCAGCUCCAACUGCAUCCCUUGAUUUGAAGGCUUCAGCUUUUGAUCCAAAGGAGAAAGUAUGGACAAGAUUUCCUCCAGAAGGCACUAAGUAUACUCCUCCUCAUCAAUCUUCUGAAUUUAAAUGGAAGGAUUACUGCCCAUUGGUUUUCAGGACUCUGAGGAAGCUAUUCAAGGUGGAUCCAGCUGAUUACAUGUUAUCUAUAUGUGGGAAUGAUGCACUUCGCGAACUUUCCUCUCCUGGAAAAAGUGGUAGCUUUUUUUACUUGACAAAUGAUGAUCGAUAUAUGAUCAAGACAAUGAAGAAAGCAGAAGUAAAAGUGCUUAUAAGGAUGCUCGCUGCCUAUUACAACCAUGUUAGGGCCUUUGAGAACACUCUAGUUACCAAAUUUUUCGGUCUGCAUUGUGUGAAGUUAACUGGGCCUGCCCAGAAGAAGGUACGAUUCAUCAUUAUGGGAAAUCUUUUCUGUUCUGAAUACACCAUCCAUAGGCGUUUCGACUUGAAAGGUUCUUCCCUUGGCCGCACAACAGAAAAACCAGAAUCAGAGAUCGAAUCAACAACCAUCCUUAAAGACUUGGAUUUAAAUUUCAUAUUCAGAUUGCAAAAAGCAUGGUUCCAAGAGUUCUGCAGGCAAGUAGAUAGGGAUUGCGAGUUUCUGGAGCAGGAAAGGAUUAUGGACUACAGUUUGCUGGUGGGUCUUCACUUUAGAGAAGUAUCACCUAGUGGAGAUCUGAUUCCCUCUGCAUCUCGAAUUACUUCUGGAGGUGAACCUGAGAGUGAUUCAGGUCCUCGCCUGUCUAGAGCAGAUAUGGAUCAACUUCUUCUUGACCCUGCCAGGUGGGCUCGGAUCAGAUUGGGAGUAAACAUGCCAGCAAGAGUAGAAAGAACUUUGAGAAGAAACCAUUUCGAGUUUCAGCUUGUAGGGGAGCCAACAGGAGAGUAUUAUGAUGUGAUAAUGUUUUUUGGUAUCAUAGACAUUCUUCAAGACUAUGAUAUAAGCAAGAAGUUGGAGCAUGCUUACAAGUCCAUUCAGUAUGAUCCAACUUCAAUUUCAGCUGUUGAUCCUAAGCAAUAUUCAAGGCGCUUUCGCGAUUUCAUAUUCAAGAUUUUUGCAGAAGAACCUUGAAUUUCCAUCUGAUACCUCAUCUCCAGAUUGGUAUAAAUUUCUGCCAACCAGUGCCUUGCCUAAUAUGUUUGUUGAGGCUGUUAAAUUGUCAGUGUAUAUGAUCAGACACUCAAGACCAGGAGAGUUGGGAUGUCCAGGUUCUUCUAGCAGAUUUUGAUUUCUUUCAAUUCAUUUUUCUUUUGAUAUCAAUGAUAUAAAGAUAUAUUAACAUAUCAUGGUAAAGGGAUAGCAUAACCCAGGAGAAGUGCAACCAACUGUGUAAUUACUACAUAUAUGUAACUGUGUUAGAAUGUAUUCUUUUUCUCAAUCAAUAUUCUUUUGAAGAACUUUCCUUGAGGUUUUGGUUUGUCUGAGUUCUAUUGCAUAUAAGGAAAUUCAUGUAAUUGAUAUUACAAGGAUAUAAUGGGAUGUCUUGGAU